AAUUGAGCCCAAUGGCUUACGGUUUUCUUGGGAGCCCAAUAGCUCACCUAAGUCUAAACCACUUUAAGCCCAAAAUCCUAUAUAUAUAUGUAAGUGGAUUUUUCUUCUAUCCGAUAAAUAAUGUGAUAAUUUCUUUAUUUAUUGAACAGGUAUUGGCGUCUUGUUACGACACCAAAACUAAAAAUGUUUUCAUGCAACACAGAACACACUCAACAAAAUCACUUAACUCCACAAAACAAUAUACAAUACGAAAACAAAAUUCAUGUUUUGGCGUUUUAUCACAUUUUUCUUAUAAUUAAAAAAUAUACACAUUUUGGCUUUCUAAUUAAGUCACUUCAGUUUGGAUACUUUGUACUCCAAUCUCGUUUUGUAUUUUUCGCUCGUACUUGUCUGAAAACCCGUAAUAUGGAGACAAAUUGUAGGUAGAAUCUCUUGACAUAUGAGUCCUUCUUCAGUUAACAUCUUAAUAAAAAUAAUCUAGAUUUCAGGCAAAGAUCUCUACUUCUCAUCCGUAUAAUAAUUGUAAAUAAAUCACACCAUAUAAAUUAUUGUCAGUAUCCCACGGCUCCAUUGUCUCAUUAGCUAAAUCAAUAUAAUAAUUAAUCAUAAAUCAAUUUGUUGGUCCACUGUAAUCAUCACCUCACAGCCACAUACAUCCGAAGAUGGUAUAUGUUGUAGACUCCAUAAAAAUAAUAUAAAUAUUUCAAAUUAAACCAUAUUUUUUGUCAUAUUAUUAGCUAGGUGUUAGAAAAUUAAACAUGACUCUAACUUAUUAAUUUUGUAGACUCGUGGAAAACUUAAGUUGCGUCUGGCAUUAAUUUAGCUAUUAUCAAAUCAAAAGCUCGCCAACUAAAUUAUUAAUAUCUAAACAUUUAACAUGUAUAGAGAUAUAUAGAGUGGAGACAUACGAGUAACUAAAGUAAAAGAGAACUUUCCCCAUCAAAGCCUCUCCCUAUUUACUCAUGGUUCUCCACGUUGCUUUCUCACAUUCAAUGCUUUAACCAUAUAGUCAUAUUCUCACACACACCUAUCUAUAUGCGUCCCUCUUUAUAUAAGUCUACGUGCGUCUAAAUCUACACACUUCAGUACUCCCACAAUUGAAAGAAAAAAACAGAAAAACUCUCUCAACUUCUUCUACUAUAAUAUACAAAUCUUACAUAUGAUGGAGAGAGGAGAAUGCUUGAUGUCGAUGAAGCUUAGACCGAUGGUUACGAGGCCAUCUUCGGAUGGGACAUUGUUUUGGCCGUUUAGGGAAGAGAGAGCGUUUGCGUCAGCUGAGGAGUAUGGCGGUGGAGGCGCUUGCAUGUGGCCGCCGAGGUCUUACUCGUGCAGCUUUUGCGGGAGAGAGUUCAAGUCGGCGCAAGCACUAGGCGGUCAUAUGAACGUUCAUCGAAGAGACCGAGCUAGACUCAAACAGCAAUCAUUAUCACCUUCAUCAACUGACCAAGCCACACAUCCUGAAUAUGAUCGUCAACAACAAGUUCUUGAUGUGGGGUCAAAGGUUCUCGUCCAAGAAGAAACAAGAAAGCCUAAUGGAACUAAAAGGGAGAUAAGUGAUGUUUGUAAUAAUAAUGUUUUAGAAAGUUCUAUGCAACGAUAUGAGCAUGACAAUGAUGAAGUCAAGACUGACUUGUCAGUCGGUCUACUAAGUUCUGAGUUUGAUCCUCGGAAGAAACAACUAAUCAAAGGAUCAUCUUCAUCAUGGAAGAGGGCAAAGACGGAUGUGGCAAGAUUUCCGAUGAUGUUAGGGUUGGUCAUUGGAGUUUCCAAGAUCAACGGUCAUCAUGAGGAGUUGGAUCUUGAGCUAAGGCUAGGAGCUGAUCCGCCUAAGGUUAACUAGCUUAAGUAAUUAAAAAAGUAAUAAUAGUUAAUGUGAUUGCCAAAAAGAAGAAGUUAAACUGUCUCUAAUCUCAAGAGUGAAACGAGAGUAGGUUCUGUAGUGUUGGCUUUGAUAUAGUAAUAUUUUUAUCUUAUGGAAAAAGUCAACACGUAUAGUCUUUGCUCUAAUUCAUAAGACAAUCUAAAUAUUUUUGACUUUUUUUUUUUUUAUUUACGAAUGAUGUAACUUUCUCACGAUUUGGUUUUCAAUAUUUAUGCCUAUCGAAAGAUUGUUGA